CUUCUACUACUCCGUCGCCCGGCCGUGCGGAGUCAGCGCGCAACUCGCCGCCAGCGUCGCCCCACUUCGUCUCCGGGCUCCGGCCGGGCGCGUGGGGGCGAGCGGGGUCGUGUGCCUCUCAUCACGAGCUAGGGAGGAAGUGAGAAAAGUUGGGCGGCAUGACAAAAGUCAUGCCAACACGGGUGCGCGCGAUAAAACUGGCUGCUGAGACUGUUCGUUCUGGCUGGCCGUUUUCACCCACUCACAAAUUCAUACACGCCCCUUGCUCACCCUCCAACACUCCCUCGUCUCCACAGAUCCUCCUGUCAUGGUCGCGCCGAGCGAGAAGGUCCGGUCGUCGAUCGACACCGAGGCCCAGACGGACACCACCUCCGUCGUGCACACCGGCAAGGAUUGGACGCGCACGACGUUCACUCCCGCCCUGGAGCCGUCGUACGAGGUCGACCCGUUCUCUGCGCAGCGUGAUGUCCACGACGAGGAUGAUUAUGUCGACUUCCGCUCUAUGGGCUGGAUCAAGGCCUUCCUCAUUGCCACAGCAGAGAACAUUGCUCUUGGCCUCCUCUCGUUCCCCUCCAUCUUCCUCCGUCUCGGCGUCGUCGGCGGCGUGAUCGCCACCCUCGGCCUUGGCACCCUCGCUUACAUCACCGCCUGGAUGAUGAUCGAGUUCAAGAUGAAGCACAUGGGAGUCAUGCACUUUGGUGAUGCCGGCGGCGUCAUCUUCGGCAAGUGGGGACGGCGCAUUUUCGGUAUCGGUAUGAUCCUCAAGUCUAUGGGUCUUGCUGGUUCGCACGUCCUCGUCGGCCAGGAAGCCAUUACCAGCAUCUCAUCGCACGCUAUUUGCAACGUCUGGUGGGGCCUAAUCAUUACCAUCGUGUCAAUCCUCCUCGCGUACAACCGCGAGUGGCACAAGCUCUGGUGGAUGUCGUUCAUCUCUGUCGGCUGCAUUCUCGUCGCUUCGAUGAUGACCAUCAUCGGCACCGGCGUCCAGUCGCCCUCGCGCCUCGAGACCCCGGCCAAGGGCCCGAUCGCGUGGCACGCCACCCCUAUCCACCCAACCGUCAUGGACGUUGUUGGUGGAUACACCAACGUUCUCUUCGCCUAUGGCGGCAACAUGGCUGUCUUCUCGUUCUGCUCGGAGAUGCGCAACCCCAACGACUUCAAGAAGUCUUUCGCCCUCUCACAGAUUGUUGCUACCGUCUGCUACUGCAUCGUUGGUGGCACCAUCUACUCGUUUGGUGGGCAGUACACCACCUCGCCGGCCCUCACCAUGACCUCGACUCCGGUGCACAUCACCUCGUACUCGAUCGCCCUCGUCACUAUCAUGGUCUCCGGUAUUCUUGGCGCGAACGUCGGCGCCAAGUACCUGUACAUCACGUGGCUGCGUGACUCGGAGCUCCUCACUUCGAAGAGCUGGCGCGCACAGCUCGCGUGGAUGGGCAUGGUCGCCAUCGUUUGGGUCGUCGGCUUCCUCGUCGCUGAGCUCAUCCCCUUCUUCAAUCAGCUUCUCACCAUCGUCUCGUCGCUCUUCUCGGUGUGGUAUGUGUGCGGCGGGGGCGGCUUCCUCUGGCUGUACGACAACUCGCCGUGGUUCUUCUGGCGUAAGCGCGAGAAGGACGGCGAGCCUCCCGUCCAUCGCGCCCUCAACACUCCUGGCAAGAAGAUCAUGUGCUUCAUCGCAUUCUUUGUCAUCUUUAUCUCUGUCGUGACCACCCCGCUCGGUCUCUACGCGGCUGUGCAGGGCAUCAUUGAUGGCUACAGCCAGGGCAAGUUCAGCCGCCCUUUCGCCUGCUAGAGUCGUAGAUUGUGAUUAUCAUAGACUCAUAGCAUGCUUCGUCGGGCCAUCGGGGCCACGAAGUCCCCCUCUCUUUUCCUCAUGUUCUCGCAAGAUGUAACAAUAGCCAUAAA